AUGCCCGGGGCCGACUGGUUCGAGGGCAUUCCGGCCGAGAGGCACCGCUUCGUGCCCUACAACGGCGGCCUGGGCGACGACCAGCUGGCCUGGCUGAGGCAGCGGCUCGCGGCCUGCGCGGAGGCCGGGAAGAAUGUGAUCCUGCUCUCCCACAUCCCGAUCUUGGAGGCGAGCACGACCCCCAAGACGGUGCUCUGGAAUGCGGAGCAGGUGCUGAAGCUGCUGCGCUCCUGGGAGGGCCGCAGCGUGGUGGCCGUCCUGGCCGGCCACGACCACGACGGCGGCUACGCCGUGGACCCUGACAGCGGCGUGCACCACGUCACCUUCAUGUCGCCGAUGAUCUGCGAGCCCGGCUCUGGGCGGUCUGGCGCAGCCACCGUGUGCUGCUUCGAGGACCACGCGGAGCUCGUCGGGCACGGCGUCUUCUGCGUCGAGAGCGGCACGCACGCACGGGGGCGGGGCUACGCCCGCAUCGAGCUGCGGCGGCUGGACCCCCGCGGCUGGCUGUAG